AUGAUUUCCGCAUCACCUACUAUUGUCUUCGGCAACUUCAGUCUUGGUGGCAGUCGCUGUGUUGCUGGACAGACCAGCAACAGUUGCACAAGCUAUUACUGCCAUUAUCGCACUGUGAUGCAGACCAACAGCCUGUCUGAUGCCAGUGUCACAGCUCAGCUUCAUGUCUACAGUUCCAGAGAUGACACGCCUCUCUCUGAUGAUACAGUUGUCUUCACUGUUGCAUGUAGCUAUUUUCCCCUCAACAAGCCUGUUCUUUUGGAGGCCAUUCAUGUUUAUCUGUAUUCCAGUAACCCAAUGCAGGAUGGGUAUGACGACUUUCUGCCCAACAUUCCAACUUAUAUUAUGGGCCUGGGCAUCAUUCGCUUGAUCAGAGACAUUACGGCCCUCAAUAACAACAAGCAUACAAUGCUGGAGGUCACUGAGCAUGUCUGUGAUGAGAAGAAGACAUCUACUUUUGAGUAA